GCCGCCGCAACGAGCCCACAGUAUACGGAGCAGUGUACUACUCUCUGCGUGUGUUGUAUGUUUUAUCCGCGUUGUUGCGUUGUUUCUUUAGUGAUUCGUUACCAAAUGUACAAGCUCGUUUUUUUUUUCCAAUAUAAGGAUUUAAGGGUGUACUUGCGUUAACAAGGGCAAUUUAAAAAUUACACACGCGUAUUGUUAACAACGAGUGUAUUUACGGAGCAACAGCCUCCGACUCCGAAAUCCAGCCGCACCACCACCUUCGCAAGGGAACGACGACGCUCGCUCCUCCGUUUUGUUGCGUGCGCGUCGUCUGCUCCUGCCUUUUGCUCAUGGAUGUGCCGACGCGGAGUAGGUGUACGAGCGCCUCUUCCUCCUCCUCGUUGGAGAGCCGCGUUCGUGUGCUGCAGGUUGUUCGCGAGCCUUGACCGAGCCGCGUCGUUCGGGUUUCGUUGGUGUGUACAUGUGGGGUGGCCACGUGUGAGUGGGACAGGGACCUCAUACUAUUAGUGUACGGGUCCGAUAAAAAUGCCUAACGCCGUACAGGUCCGGUGAUUAAGUGCAUACUGUGUAGUGACAGUCGACGCGAGAGCACGAGGUCCGGUGUAUCGCUCGCGUAUAUAUGCAUAUACAGUGGUUGCGCAACGUUCCGUCUACUGCAGCUUUAACGUUGCUCCAACUGCUGUACACGUACAACUUGGACUGCGAGGGGUAAAAGAGAAAAUAAAUAAAUACAUUGGGUAAUUCUUAGGCUGCUCUCUAGAGCGGUAUCUGGAGGAGAGACAGGAGCACAAAAACAAAACAAAAAAAAUAAAUAAAAAUAAGUCAGACCCCGUGCCGCGCUCCAGUUCCGCGUGUGCGCGUGUGUUAGUGUUUGUUUUUUAUUAUAUAUAUAAAAUUGUUGUUGCAGUGCUCCGAGUUGCUCGUGAAUGGCUCCGUAGACACGCAGAUGCCAAUGUAUAUACAAUACAAUAGCAGUGCUCCAAAUAUAGAUUGACGAGAAAUCCGGGAAAAGCAAUAUUCGCUGAUGAUACCACCACCACCACCACUACGGGUAUUACCGUUGCUAACGACUUUCAGCCUUCACUCUUGCUUUCUCCCCCCGCGUCAGUCUCUCUCAUCUCGUCAGCCGUCCGCUCUGUUCCUCUAAUUGCUCCGGCGUGUCUAUAACGACAGCAGUAUUAUCAUCAUCACAAAGAAGACAUGUCCCAUUCAAGAGUCGCACACCAUGAACAUUAAUUGCAACAGGAUAACAUUACCUUUCUUGGAAUAUCUCUAAUAUUAAUCAAGCAAAUCGGAAAAAUCUGCGUGCAACGAGAAAAAUAAAUAAAGAUAACCUUGUGAUUCAAGUGCGAUCUAGUGAAAAAAAAAAAUAAUAAUAAUAAUAAAAAUAAAAGUGUAUUUUGAUGAUUGUAUGUUGUAAUAUACCAGUGGAUCGGGUUACGAAAACAAAGUCGUCGACGCCAUCCCACGCACUUACGCUCCUCCUCUGCAUGUCUUGGAUAUUCUGUAUGAACAUCAGACUCACCAUUUCGAUAAUCAGCUUUGGUUUGCCGAGUCGGUGAUCUUGGUGGUAUAAACCGAGGCGUCGAGUAACACCACCGUCAUCAUCUACUCUGGGCAUCGGUCGCAGGAGGGAGCACCGGGAGCGAGAGCUCGGGGGGGGAGAAGCCGAGGUGCGAGGCGCGUCGUCGAUUUUUCCGGCUGUUCGGGUUCGCGGUGGGCUGCCGAGGCCCGCCCCCUCUCAUCAAGCAAGCUGGCGAGCGCCUUGGCCGCUGGUAUGAACCCCUACCCCCACCACGCCGCGUUGGCGGGCAGCCCGCACCACCACCCGCCCGGCGAGCCCCACCACACCGGCGGUGGGGGUGGUGGUGGUGGUGGUUACGGCUCAUCGGCUGCGAGUGGCAAUGGGACAGCGACGACGCCCGAUCCGAGUCCCCACUCGCCUUAUGGCUCCGGGCCCCAGGACCCCGGGCCCCAGGGCUACCAGUCCCACCAGCAGGGCCAGGGUAUGCCCAGCAACGGCCAUCACCACGCGGCUGCCGCAGCGGCCGCGGCCCAAGCGAUGAUGCAACAGGCCCAGGAACACCAACAGCAGCACCAUCGCUCGUACCAGCAUCCGCACAUCCCCGGGCACAUGGCUGGCUAUCCGCAGGUCAAUCACAACAACAACUGCACGAUUAAGCAGGACGGCGGUCCAGGCAUGGCGACGAGCAUACAACAGUGCGCGGGCUGCGGCAACCGAAUAGUCGACAGAUGGCUCCUGCACGCGCUCGAGCGCUACUGGCACAACAAUUGUCUCAAGUGCACGUCUUGCGGCACGGCCCUCGCGGAGAUCGGGCCCUCGUGCUACAGCAGGGGCAACAUGAUACUAUGCAAAAACGACUACACGAGGAUGUUCGGUAACACAGCUGCCUGCGCAACCUGCGGCCAACAGAUAGCCUCGACCGAGCUCGUCCUGAGGUCGGGUGGCUCUGUCUUCCACACCAAGUGUUUUACCUGUACCAAGUGCGGCACGCAACUCAGGCAGGGCGACAGGUACUAUCUGCUGUCGGGCUCGGUAGUGUGCGAGGCGGACUUCAACAAAAUAAUGAAGUCGACGUCGGUGGCGGCCGCGGCGGCGGCGACGGGCAACGGCGGCAUGCCCACGCGAAAGGGCAAGGUAGGCAGGCCUCGCAGGAGCCGCGAAUGAGGCGGCAACCCGGUUGGCCGCCCGAAGAAGGUCCAACCCACAGUCGUGUCCACGACGCCCGUGGUCGUCGCCGCGGCCCUCCAGCCGCAGGUCGACCUCGUGGACGUGGCCGUCGGGGAGGAAGCCUAUUCACCGCCGCCGCCGGGUCUACAGCAGCACUACAGCCAACAAUCCCAACAGCUCUCGCCCCAUCACCAGCAGCAACAGCAGCAGCAGCAGCACUACCAACAGCACCAGCAUCACCAGCACCAUCAGUCCCCUAUGCCCAUGAUGCCCAUGGCCAUGGGAUCCGGGCAGCAACAGCAGUCGCCUCAUCACUCGCAGCAGCAUCGACACGAGCACCAGGACUGGGCCUGGCCGUCCGAGCCGUGCGACUGAGCCCCGGAGAUGCAGGACGACGUUGCUUACAAUACUACCACGACUACCACGGGCCCGAGCUACAUGGCCCUCUAGCCGUUACCAGUGAUGACCGCGGUGACGUGCUGCUCCUGAAAUGUUGUUUUAUAGCUUCGUUAACGAGAGACUGUACAUUUGUCACGUGUAACUACAUACGAUGACACAAUUUGUGACUAUAAUACACGAUGCGUAUAGAUACAUGUAUACAUACAUACAAUUAAAUACACAUAACGCGAGUGUGUGCUUAUUGCGUGUGCGCGACGUGUUGGUGCAAACGUGUUUGUGAUCCAUACGGACUAUUAUAUAUAUAUAUACAAUAGACGCGUAUUUACGAUCAAACGCAGCGCAGGUGAUUCUUCCCUUUUCCUUCCCGCAGUGUACACGAGUGAUACACCUGAUGUAAUUUUUGAUGCAAUAAACGCAUUUAUUGUUGCAUAAGUUCGAGAAAAGUUGGAGCCGAUGCAGUGGAAGAAAAUCUCUGGGAGGCGACAACGUUGAUGUGAAUCACGGGCUGAACGAGUAUAGACGACUGAUUAGCGAGAGCCGCGGGAUGAUAUAAUUGUACGGACAAUCCGACGGAAUUCAGCGACUAGUAAUUGCAGCCUUUGAUCUCUGGCAAGAGACAGAGAGAGAAGGGGAUGGGGGGGGAGCGGAUUUCUUCAUUAAUGCGGCUCGAAAAACAAUUGCAACCAAGUAAAGCCCCCCCUCGCCUUCGGCUUUGCCCCCCCCCUCCCCGCCUAUUCUUUCGCUCUUUCCGCAAAUGGACUUUUAGAAAAUUAUUUUUCUUUCAUUGCAAAAUCAUCAGUGGGAAGAAGAAGCGAAGGGGGGAGGCGCUUAAGUUCGUUAGCCGUUUCUUGUUUCGCGCGCGCGAGCUAACGAAAUGAAAAAAGGGGUUGGGGGGCGCGCCAUUAACGCUCUCUUUCGGCUUCCUCUAUUUUUCAACGCCGGCAGGGGUUAUAGGACAGAAAAAACGUCCCCGAGCUUUUCUGCCCGGAUUCCUUUUUCUCGUCGUCGUCGUCGUCGUUACUCAUUCAUUUUCAUUUCGAACUUUUAAACGAAGAAAUUGUCGUCCCACCACCGCCUCCUACUCGUCGUCGUCUUCCUUUUUUUUUUCCUCUUGUCCUCUUACCACGCAGCAGCCAAUAUCCGACUUUACAGUUUUUUUUUGUUUUCCACUCCAUCGAACUCUCCUUCUUUUUCUUCCUGAUCCUCCUCUGCCUCGCAGGCGCGCGCGAUUUCUCGGCGCGAGUCGUAUAAGCAAUAAGGGAAAAAGGAAACAAGGCGAUCGACCAGCAGCACCGUGGCGGUCAGCUCGAACACGACUCGGGCUGGUCGUUUUGUUGGUUUACUCAUUAAU